UGAUUGUCGCAGCCAAUAAACAGACCAUUGCAAGGGAAAAGCUCGUGACAGGCUGGACUUCUGUCAUAAUUUCUCAAUUAGAGGAAUAUUAAGAAGAAAUUAAGGCUGGGAAGGAGGUUUUGAAUAUGGGAUUGAAUAACGUCUUGGUGCUGUCCCAAGUGACGACGUAUAUUAUCGCCUUUUUGCUGUCGCUUUGUAUUAUUAUUCCCAUAUCGUAUCAUCUGAGUGAUUUCCGAGGACAUUGCUUGUUGUUCAGCAGAGGGAAUUGGAGUGAGACAGAUGGGCAGCUGGAAGUUAGCUGGGGCUCACAAGCCUUCUGUGACUAUAAUAUCAGCUGGGCCAGUAUUUCUCUCUUGAUUGCCCUCAUUCAGAGUUACAAAUGCAUUGUCCAGCUGUGUACUGGAGGAGAAAGCACAUUCCUGAGUGCAUUUGUGGACGUUGUCGUGAGCGUUGUGAUGUCCUUUGCUGCCCUCGCAGGAGCUCUUAUCAUCACCAUUGGCUACCAGAUAUGGUGCAACACAAUCAUGCUGCGUUUCGAGGCAUGUGAAGAUGCCACACAAAAUGACAUUGAUAGGAAAGACGAGAUACACACUCGUAUGUUCUACACCCACUUUGGAACAGCUCAGUUUGGAGCAUGGACUCUGUGGGUCUGCUGGGUUGGACUGGCAAUGUUCUCCUGGUUGAAGCUAUGGAAGUACCACCAGCAAGAAAACAUCCGCGUCUCCAUGGCCAGGGAGCGAGCCAGACUUGUCAGGGACAGACAUGUUAGACUCACGGAUUAAAAGAGAUCUUCUGUUGCACAAGAAAGUAAUGUUUAGAAAUAAGGAAUAGAAGAGACAGUGUAUGUAGAGAGAAGCAUAUAUUUCCGUAUUUGUUCACAGUGAUGGAGUGAACCUCUCAAAGUGUAGCUGUCAGUAUGGUAAAGUAUUAGGUGUUCAUUCAGGUAACUGACUGAACAGUUAAGUUAAAGAAGGGUAGGCAGUCGUUUCAUGGAUUUUCAGAUUCCCCCACACGACAAUGUAUCAUAGCUAGAAGUACCAUUUGAAAUAGUUACCAAAGGCUCAGACAUGCAAUAUAAUCUGGAUAUAUAUAUAUAUAUAUAUAUAUAUAUAUAUAUAUAUAUAUAUAUAUUUUUUUUUUAAUUAACCAGGGUAGUGGAUGGAAAAUGAGUAUAUAUUAUUUUUUACUUGUGAUAAGUAAGUGAUCAAUUUUAGUGCUUGUCUAUUAUUACCAGAGAUGUAGUUUACCUACUUUGCCUUGUCCAAUUAGAACAAGUUUAUGCUCCUGAUAUGUUUUCAGCUUUAAAAAAAAUAAUAGAGCCAUUAUGUAACUAUUUUCAAUUUUUAUAUUAUAUUGUAUAAUUACAGCAUACCACUACAUAUAUUUCCAGAUUAAAUCCAGGUUACAUAUUACAUUGCUUUGGUGAAUUUUGUUUGACAUAUUACAAUUUAAAGUACCAAGUUUUGUAACAAAUCUUUAUUAAUUGUAUAAAUAAUCAGUGAAUGUAUCAGUUGAUAAUGAAAA